CUUUUGAGAAAGCCCGACAACAUCCCCCAAGCAAUCGCCAUGAUUUAGAAUCCGAACAAUUGGAAAGUUCGAUCUCUCCCCCCUUUCAUAGUCAAUCCCUGAAAUCCCUGCACCUGUCUCUUCUUCUCCGUCAAUUCGAUUCUUACAGUGACUUAAAUAAAUGUUAUCGUUGGAUUCCGUAAGGAGGAUUGGGAGGUUGGGCUCUGUCGGUCCUAUAAGUAAUUUGUCGUUUUGGAAUGUUUGGGAAGAAAGGAGUAGCAAAUCCGCCAUUGGAGGAGAUGAUCAGAGCUUCCAGAAACAUCUUGAACUAGACCAGAGCAAUGGAAAAGAAGCUUCAUUGUUCAAUCAUGAGUCUCGGAUUAUUCUAUUUCGGGCGUCGAAUCGUGCUUAUUGCUCUCGAUCUUUUACUACUGAUGUGAAGCAUAAGCUAUUGAAUUCUGUUCCUAAAUAUGUGAAGAUUGUAGAAGUUGGCCCGAGAGACGGCCUGCAAAACGAGAAGCAGAUCGUGCCGACAAGUGUCAAGGUUGAAUUGAUCAAAAUGCUAGUUUCUUCAGGGUUACCUGUCGUCGAGGCUACCAGUUUCGUCUCGCCAAAAUGGGUUCCACAGCUCGCCGAUGCGAAGGAUGUAAUGUCGGCAAUCCAGGGCAUCGGGCGCUCUAAAUUCCCUGUUUUGACGCCGAACCUAAAAGGUUUUACGGCGGCAGUCGAGGCCGGAGCCAAAGAGGUCGCCGUCUUUGCUGCAGCAUCGGAAUCUUUCUCGAACUCAAAUUUAAAUUGCAGCAUUGAAGAUAGUCUUGCUCGGUACCGCGAUGUCGCCAUUGCUGCUAGAGACCGCGCGAUCCCAGUCCGCGGUUACGUUUCGUGCGUCGUGGGCUGUCCGAUCGAAGGAGCGGUGCCUCCAUCGAAAGUCGCGUAUGUCGUAGACGAGCUUGUCAAAAUGGGAUGCUACGAAAUAUCCCUCGGCGACACAAUUGGCGUCGGGACGCCGGGAACCGUAAUUCCGCUGCUCGAAGCUGUUCUUCAUGUCGUUCCAGUCGACAAGCUUGCCGUCCAUUUCCACGACACUUACGGACAAGCCCUGUCGAACAUUUUGUUAUCGCUCCAAAUGGGCAUCAGCGUAGUCGACGCCUCUGUAUCGGGCCUCGGCGGUUGCCCGUAUGCGAAAGGCGCGACGGGAAAUGUCGCCACGGAGGACGUCGUGUACAUGCUUGACGGCCUCGGGGUGAAAACCGGAGUCGACGUGGUGAAACUCGUGUCGGCUGGAGACUACAUUAGCAAGCAAUUGGGGCGAUGUUCUAAUUCUAAAGUUGCUGUGGCAUUGAGCAAGAAAAUGGCUGCUGCUGCCGCCUCUAAGCUCUAACGUUGUUUCUCUGUUGCUGUUCUAAUUCAGAAUUAGCUACAGAUCGAUCGACUAUUCAUAACAAAAUAAUAUAAUGUAGAAAUUCCAAGUGCAAAAUUGAGGGCCAUAAGUGAGACAAAAUGAUGUAGUGAUCAACUCCAAAGAUCCUUAAUAGAUCCCAUGAAUUAUAUAUAUAUAUAUAUAUCUUUUAAAAA